UUUGAACUCCAUUGUUGUGUCGCGGGUGACGUCAGCGCCUUGUGCGCGAGAGACUGGCAGGCAGAGAACGGCGUCGCGUGCGCCUGGCUAGACAAAGGCGGCGGACUCCAGGCAGCGGGAGAGACGAGACGCUGCUCCUCUUCUCUCUCUCUCUCUGUGUGUGUUUUUCGGGAUUUACACGCUCAUGGGAAUGUAAAGAAUCGCGCCAACGCAUAGCUCGAGUCAUGGGAAAGUAAAGAUUUUUGCGUUUUUUUCUUCCCCUGAUCGUUCACUCUCGCGCGCGUGCUGUUUUUUUUAAAACAAAUAUUUUCUCCAAACGCCCCCCAAAUUAGCAAACUCGGCUAACCCUUGUAGCCAGGACUUAAGUGCUGCUUGUCCGGAAUCGGGAUAAAGGAGCGGAAGCCGAACAGAAAGCAGUUUCCCAUCCCGUCUAAUGCUCAUCCGCGGGCAGCAUGCCUAGCCCUCUGUUCCACCCAGAGAUCAUGGACCACGACGCGGUAGUGAGCGCGCAGCAAACCGGAGUCGCGCUCCCCGGUGAACCGGAACCGGAGUCCCGCGACGAGGAGCACCAGGAAGCGCUGCGCUUCGCCAUCGAUCAGUUCUCGCUCAUGGCGCUGGACAAAGUGGACUCCCUGGACGGGACCACGACGGUAACCGUGUCCGAGAACUGCAACGGAGGAGGAGUUGGAGGAGGCUACGUGGACCUGCCGCUGCUCGACCACCCGGGCGGCUCCCGCGGAUCUCCUUCCUCCUGCUCGCCGUCUCCGGAGUACUACGGCACGGGGGGCUUCCACAUGGCCCCCCACACACACGCCGUACUGGGAGACCAGAGCGCCGCGCUGUGCAACCGAAAGAGGAGCGUCAACAUGACCGAGUGUGUGCCUGUGCCCAGCUCGGAGCAUGUCGCUGAGAUUGUUGGGAGGCAAGGCUGUAAGAUCAAAGCUUUGCGAGCGAAAACCAACACUUACAUCAAGACGCCGGUGAGAGGCGAGGAGCCUGUGUUUAUAGUAACGGGCCGCCGAGAGGACGUGGAAAUGGCCAAGCGCGAGAUCAUCUCUGCAGCCGAUCACUUCUCCAUGAUCCGUGCGUCUCGCUGCAAGGCCGGGGGGAGUGGUGGUUCCCUGCCCGGACCGCCACACCUUCCAGGUCAGACUACCAUUCAGGUGCGUGUGCCCUACCGCGUGGUGGGCCUGGUAGUCGGGCCAAAAGGGGCCACGAUUAAACGCAUCCAGCAGCAGACUCACACGUAUAUCGUGACGCCGAGCAGAGAGAAGGAUCCUGUGUUUGAGGUGACGGGCAUGCCGGAGAAUGUCGACCGGGCGCGUGAGGAGAUCGAGACGCACAUCACACUGCGCACUGGCGCCUUUAUUGACCUGCAGGGCCACAACGACUUUCACACCAAUGGCACCGAUGUCAGCCUCGAAGGCCUCGGCUCUCUGGGGCUCGGGAGCGCGCUAUGGGGACGAGGAAACAGCUCUGGUCACCAUUCAGCACCCCCGCCUCCUCCACCACCACCUCCUCCUCUCCCUCUCUCCAUCCACCAUUCAGGCCGCAAGCUCUCCACGGCGUCUUAUCACAACGGUGGUCUGGGUUCUGAGCCGUACCCGAGCAGCCGCCGGCCCACAGACAGCGCCAGUCCUACCAGUCCGUUUAGCACGGGCAGCGGUGGAGGCACCUUCACCUUCAGCAACGACCCUGCGCCCGCCAUGGCACCCACCGCCGAAGAGCUCGGCUUCGAAUUCGGCAGCAGCAACAUCUGGGCACCGCUAGCCAACGGCAACAAGCAGGCGCAGCCUCUUCGGCGCAACAGCAGCGGCCUCAGCGGGGGCACGGUCACACCACGCCUCUCACCCACACUGCCUGGCGACAGCUCGGUGCUGGAGCACCCACUGGCGCGGCGGGCGCAGAGCGACCCGCUCAGUGCGCUCUCCUGGCUUCACACAGGCUCAUCUUUCUCAGGAGGAAGCAGCAGCAGCAGCGGUGGCAGCACCACGGGCUACUCGUCCUGUUCUGCCUCCUCGCUGACCGGCGGCUCACCUACCGACUCCGAGGGCGGCGGCAGCGUGGGCACCGGAUCCGGCAUGCUAAGCCGCUUGAAGGCCAGCACCCUGGGCAGCAUGGUUCCAGGAGGCGGCAACAGGGACUGCUUCGUUUGUUUCGAGAGCGAGGUCACGGCCGCUCUCAUUCCCUGCGGCCACAAUCUGUUCUGCAUGGACUGCGCCGGUCAAAUCUGUCAGUCACAGGAGCCCGAGUGCCCCGUGUGCCACACCCCAGCCACGCAGUGCAUUCGCAUUUUCUCUUAAUGGCACACAGUCGCCGGGGUGCUGCUGUUAUCCCAAGCCCUGAAGAACAUCCCCACUAUUUAGAAAGUCUACAGUAAACUAUAAGGAGAGAUGUGUACCUGCCUACAUAGGAUUGAUAAUAAUUACUAUAUUAAAUAUGACACUAUCCUGAUGUUGAUUUAUUAUUAUUAAUAAUAACUAUGAUGAUAAUGUCAAUAUUAUAACUGACUCGUGUACUUAUCCCAGGCUGUGGAAUCAGCAGGUCAGCAGUGUACUUUAUUUUUCCUUUGAGAUGGACGAGGAGGAUAGAAAACCAGUGUCUUAUCUAUCUUUAGGCAUUAAUUUGAUCUACCGCCAAUGAGUCUGUCCAUGUAUUAUACAUUCCCCCCCCUCCCUCCCUCCCUCCCCUUCAUUCUUGCUUCUGAGCAGGUUAUUUUUUUGCUUGAGACUUUUUUCUACUUGCAGAUAUUUUUCAAUUUAAGCUGCAUAGGUCUGCACUUUUUUCUAAGGGUUCAUUUUGAGAACUUUUGAGAGGGACGGGAACGCAGUCUGUUUUUAAUCCCGCACGUUCUUGCGUUUUCACAAGAAUAAAAAGACAAAAAGACAAAAAAAAACCCAAGACUGCGGAGCCUGCACACUCGUCAGACCAAAAUAGUACAGAAUUAUUUGUUGACGUUUUUUUUUAUUUUAUUAUUAUUAUUAUCAAUGAAGAAUAAAACACUUAAUAUUUAUUCAAGUUAAGAGUUGAUAUCCAGCAUAAUGGUUAAUGUUCAAUAUUAUGUAGGUAGAUAGAAUAGUUAACGUUGCAUAAGAAAUAUCAUUACAAUGCUAAGAGGUCGGUGUUCCGCCUGUCUUUGUCUCACAAUCCUAAAACACUCAUACUCCGGUCCAGACGAGGGCGCUAUUAGACCCUCGAACCAGAACACGCACUGUUCCUGAGGACUUGACCCAGGGUGGACAUGGCGUAUACACUUCAUUAUCAGACACACACUUUUUUUGUAUUUACUGUUUUUGAUCAACUAAGUUCGGGUUUUUGUUCAUUCCAGCUUCGUUCCCCGUCCCGGCGGGGUCCACUACUGCACCCCAGCUACGGCGGAGUCGCCUUUCACUCCACGGACGACUUUAUCUGUUACACUUUUAUUGUUCUUUUAGAGAUGCUUUUAAAAUUUAGCUGUCUUGUGGGAACAGGACAGAAGUGUCCUCUCCGACACCACGUUAUUCUGAAUAACUGAAUUCUAGCAUAGGUAGGACGUUGUAACUUUGCAAGAAUGUUUCUUCUUACUGUGUGUGUGAGUCAGAGAGAGACGGAGGAGAAAAAGGUGAAGAGUGGGAAAUUUUGUUUCUUAUUAUUUUUGAAAAUUUAGUGGACUGUUGUAAAUCCAUCCCACUUUGUGCACUGCGACACAUUGCAAUGUUCUUUCGGUCUCUGGCCAGCCUGGAGAAACGUCGGUCUUCCGCCCUUCCCAUAAGGCCUUGCUCUUGUUUUGAGCGUGAAGGCUCUUUGCUGUAAAUCCACACUAGCGCCCAGACCCAUUUCCACGGUUUGCCUCUUUCUGUUUGUUUUUUUUUUUUUUUUUUUUUUUUUCCUGUGCUUUGGUUGGAUGAAACCUGCGCCAGUAGCCCAGUGAACAGGUUAUUGUUUUUGUUUUGUUUUUAAUCGCGACAAGCCAUGACGACACCGUACAGUCUAAAAGGGCUUCCUGUGAUAAUUCAGGUCUCCUUCAGUUACAAUAACCAGGAUUGAGAACCAAUCAGAACCUGGCAGCUAUGUUCACCCAGGGCUUCCAUUCACUCUGUGCUACAUGUCCGAGAGCCGCAGACGAGGUAUAGGCGUAGGGUCGCGGUCCAGAGCUUAGAACCCGACGCUUCGAUCCGCAGUGGCUUUCAAUCGGAAACCUCUGGAGCUGAGGUCAAGGUCAGAAGUGAGAUCUUUUCUAGUUCUGGUUUAUCUCUAUGUUGUAUUCAGUUUCAGUAGUCAACCCAAGCCUCAAAAACGGUCCAGAAUUUCACUCGUGUCCCUCCUUUUGAAGAGUUUCCUUUGCCUCAUCUAUGGGUACACGGAUGCAGAGUGUUGGACGACGCAGUAGUGCCGGGAAACUUUCAGUUCAGAGUUUUGGUGCCUUGGUGGUGCAGAUCACUACUGAUGUUCAGUCUGUUUCUGAAGCGCCUGCCCUUUGUUUCUAGAGAUGAUGAUGAUGAUGAUGAUUGUGUUGGUAACAGGGAUCCACCUGCUCUUGUGGUCUUAUUCAGCCGUUUUAAGUCAUUUUGUUCCCUUGCUGUUGAUUGCAGAAUGUUACAGAAAUGAGAGACACGUUUUUUUUUGUUUUUUUUUAAGUAUUUGUCCGGUGUAUGAACCUGCUCCGGUGACUUUUUCCGAGGAAUCUCGUCAGACCCGAGGUUAGAUCUUAGUAGGGGUUAGUUUUAAGAUAAUUUUGGAAACCAUACUCAAAAGGGUGUUUUUUAUUUUUCUGGAGAUGUACAGUAGCAGAACUGGUUUAAAGGUACAGAGUUUGCUCCAUGGCAGUAGCGUGCUGUAAACGUCCCUCCCUCAGAGCGCGGGCCGGCUGAAGCUCCAGGUGUUUCUCAGCCUAGCGAGGACCAGACACCUCAGUCCAUCCAUCACUCCGAACCUGGACUCAGCCGGCACAGACUCGAGGCGGAGAUUUAGUUAGUGUGUAACCCCCUUCUUACCCCCAUCACCCAUCUCCCUAAGGUUUCUAAACAGGGUUUACUGAGGAAAGCUCGGAAGGGAGAUCUGAUCUCGGGCAUCGGACUGGCGCCAAGCCGCCAUGCUCCCUAAGAUCACUUAACCCUGAAACUCUGCUCUCCUUUCUAGUGUUUUUUUUUUUUUCUUUUCUUUUCUUUUUGUUGCUUUAAUUUUUUUUUUAUAUAUAUAUAUAUAUGCAGAACCAAAAGUCGUUUCAGUAACAAGGUUUUAGUCCUGACUGUAAAUACCCUGAAAAACAAUCAUUGGGAUUUUUCUUUUCUUUUCUUUUUUCUUUUUUCCAGCCGUACAAAACCGAUAAGUUUAAUAGUUUUUAAAACAUUAUCAUUAUUUGUAAGUUAACUAUCUGCAUGUCUUGAAGCCAUCAGGCAUUAGCUAAUAAUUUUUUCUAAAGGUGGGAAGAAAAAAAAAAAAAAAAAAAAAGGACAAAAAAGUUUUUACACAUUUUAUUUUUACAAUUUAUUUGCUUACUUUAAACCUAAAUAUCCCAGAUUAUAAUGUGACCCUUUUAUUACUGCAAAUUUUAUCUUUAUUUUCCAUAUUUCUGUUUUUUCCUGUGUAAAACAUAUAGGCAAUUUAUAACAAAAUGAGAAAAAUUAUUGAAGAAAAUUUAAAAUUGAAAUAUAUUUUAUUUGAAAGUUUAUGGACCUUUUAGCCGCGAGUCGGAACAAUUGUAUACACGCUAUAAUUUGAACUGACUUGACGGUUAUCAGAAAUGUAUCAAGAGUUUUAUUUUUUAUGCUUCUUUAAUAAAAUCUUGUUUUUUGUUUCGUUUUUUACUGUAAAACAAUAAACCUCAGUGUCUUGGUGCUUUUCAUUUUAGGUUACUGUAGGACGACACACAGGCAUCCAGUACAGACUGGAUGAGGGAGCGGCGCUCGGGCCGAGGAGGCCGCGUUUAUGGGCUGCUCUCUGAAAGCCAGAUUGCUUUUGAGUCUUAUGAAAACCCACAGAACACAACUUUAAUAAAAAACCCCGUUGUGUUAAAGUGCCACGUGGGAAAUGGAGCCGGUAUAAGUUUUAUCAUUUGGAGUUGUACAGCCUACAACUUUUUUUUUGUUUCCUGUAGAAGUCUGAACUGCAGUUUUUCAUGUGGCCGCUAGGAGGCACUGAAACCCAAUAAAACACAAGCACUAUCUAUUCUACAUCUUACUGUACACUUGUGCCUGCCAUGUGGUUUAAUAUGCCUUUUAUUAUCAUUCACUAUAAUCCAAAAAACAUUGUGUGUGUGUACAAGAGAACAUGGUGACCUUGCACUUAAUUAGUGAAUGCAUUUCUUGAUGAU